AUGGAAUUGAUAUCGAAAGUGCAUAACUGAUGUUAUGAGCCGUUUGCAUAAAAAACACUUGUGUAGGAAAAUAUUUGGUUUGAAAAUGGCCCGUACAUUUGCUAUUCUUGCUGUCAUCGUUUUGGUACUUUGGUAUUUUUUCUGGCAAUCAACUCAUGGAGGCGAAACAGAUGUCAACUUUAGUCUUGAAAACAAUGCACCAACAAAAGACAACGUGUUUGAUGAUAAUAGAAGCGUCAGCGAUUCUAGUGAUAGUAACACUGUACAUAAUGAAGUUACGACCAAAGACUUUGUUUUAUUAGAAAAUUCUCAAAGCACUAAGGAUGAAACUACAUACAAUGUUGAUUCACGUUAUUCGAGAAAUUCACAAGCAAGUGAUAUAACGUCCAAAAAUAUUGUGAAUGAACCAAUACAUCCAACUAAGGAAGCACAGACAGAUACUGAUCUAACUGUGGUAUUUGGAAAGACUGAAGUUAAUACACAAUGUCGAGCAGUCGUUGAUAUAAACCUUAAUGAAGACUUUUCACCAGAAGGCCACGAACAAUUGAAGGGAACAGUGAGUGCCGCGAACAAAGAAGAAGCAACAAAGGAAAGUGGUAUUGUUAAAGUAAAUAAUGAACAUGACGGUUCAGUACAAACUGACGAUCAACCCAAUGGCAAAGAAACACUUUUGAGCGAUAAUGGAAAAGAAGAAACGGUGCUUCAUUUUAUAUGGGUUGAAGAUACACCAUCAAAGGUCCAAAGUCCAAAGUGCAGUUCCGAAGAUACCUUUGUAAAAGGGAAAGACUCUUGUCAGUCGGAUACCAGUAGUAUAUUUCACAAAAUUGAAAUGUAUGCGGGGAAAAGGACUAUUAUCUAUGCAUACAUAGAAUUAUUGUUUAUUUUUCUUACGAAUUUUGUUUACAUAUGCAAACUAGUAAUGGCCAUUGUUUGUAUGGGGUUGCUAAACUUCUUAGGCCUUGUUGAAAUUGUCUGUGAUGGCCUUUCCAAAGAUGCAGAAUUAUUGCACCCGUUUCUAGAUCAUUUCGCUGAGAUAUGUCUCAAUGCAUGGGACACAGUUAUUUCGUAUACCAUUAUAGUUUUGUCAGACAUCAUUUUUGUAUGCUUAGGUGUUUCAGCGAUGGUAUUUGCUUUAAUAGAAACCAAGAUCUUGAACUAUCGCAUACCAAAGAACCCACACGUCAUUGUAGCAGCAUUUGGAGAAUGGGGUCGCAACAAUAAGAGUCACUUGGUAGGUUUGACAAUUGCUUCUUUUCCCUACUUGUUCGUUCUUUACUUUGUAUCCGGGUUUGUGAGAGGCGUGAUUGCCGCGAUAUUGGGGAUGAUUGUGACUGUACUGACAUGGCUAUUGUGUUGUUUUGGCCCUCUAGUUUUAGCUCGAAAGUAUUCGGAAGAUGUUUACAUUGGGUUGGUCUCAAUAUGCGACCGUUUAUAUAGUUUAAUGAGACGAUCCAGUUUCAAAUUAAGAAACGGCUUUGAACACAUUGUAAAGCCGAAAGCUAUCGUGGAAAGAUUGCGACAAUUAUUGUCCGAUAUUGAUACAAAGUUGCUGUUGAUAUAUGACCAAUGUUUUAAAAGUCUUGAAAGAUUCAUAAGAACUUUGUUAGAGAAACUAUCGAGCCGAUACUUCCUGAAUGACCAGGUGCAUGGCAGAAAGCCACACGAAAGGAAAAGUAAAAAGCAAAUUUUCUGGUAGUAUAUAUAUACAACGAAACGUCACAAAAGUUGAUUGGACUGUGUUUUUCGUAUAAAGUCAUUCAUUUGAUUUGGAGUAUUUGGUACAUAUUAUUUUGACUCUAUCAAUCCAUCACGCUAUUUGUUUCCAUAAAUUCUUUGUUUGGUUGAUGUUUGUGCAUUAUUGACGAAAGGGACGUAAAAAUUGGCCAGCCAACAAUAUCAUUGUAGAAUAAAACUAUUGAUUAAAAAUUUGAUUAAAUCAAUCUUUAUGAACAAACAAUUGUAUGAACUGAUUAAAGAAAAAAGAAACAACAGGAUAGAACAAACGUGUCUUAUACUGUUAUUACAAAAUUUUGUACACAUUUAAUGGGUAUUUAAUAACUUGUUCACAUCCUCAUAGGCUACAUUUUUAAGCUUGAUAUACUAACAUAAUGACUUGAUUAAUCAAAGCUCAGAUAUAAGUUUCGGAGAAUGUUUUGCUCAUUUCAAAUAAUCUGAUUUUUAAAAAAUAAGUUAACUUGAACAUCCAAUAACAAUAAAUAACAUGCAAUACCUAUGGCUGUAUCAUUGUCUUAUUUCCUCCAUUUUCUUCAUAUUAAUUUUAGCUUUCAAUUGAACUAUUUUGUGAACUAGUGUAAGUAUGAUUAGUGGUUAAAUAACUAUUCAAAUCAAUAUUUCCGAGUUAAAGUAUGAAAAUGAUUAGUAUUUAAAGCGAUAUGGUAUUAUUUUGCAAUAAAGCAAAUAACGUGAUAUCCACAUUUCAUUGUGACAUCGUGCGCUUUAGUUAACACUUCACUUUAGGAUUUAUGGGAUGUUUGUUAUUGUGAUAAACUGGUGUUUACGAAAUGUCAAAAAGGUUAGAGAAGCCAAUUAGAUAACAUGCAUUUCGAUAAGUUUACAUUAGUUAAAGAUACUGGGAAUGGGACUUUAAACAUAUAGGAUAUUUCUAGUUAAAUUUAGUUAAAUAAAUGAAUAUUACUCUGAUUUCUAUGCUAAAUCAGUUAAAGCAUUUUGAAGUUCUAGUAUGAUUUCGAAAAUAUUUCAUUUUUAUUUAUAAUGAAUCGAUUUUUUUUAUAAUUUACUUAAGAUGCUUCUGUUGUACUUCUAAUAUUCCCCCCAAUACAGUAAAGUUUGUCUAUUCAGACCAUUAUAUUCUUGCUAAUUGUUAAGUA